GGUGCAUACUAUUCUAAAAAUAAUAAUAUCAUACAUACUACUAUUCUAAUAUUAAGAAAAUUUCUCAUGAGUCAUGACUCACGAAACCCUCCUUGGUCGCCGGAUAAAAAUUAUUAAUCAAUAAUAACCGAUUCAUGAGGUUAAACAAUGUAGAAGUUAUUAAAAGUGUAUUGGUUGGUGUCUUUGUCAUCAUCUAAUUUAAACUUAGAAUGUACAACUUAAUAGAUUUAAAUGUCGUUGGGGAUGUGUAUAUAUUAAUGUCAUUUUUUGAAUAAAAUUAGCCGCAUAGCCCUACAGUAGUGGAAAAAAUUCGCUCCGCUACAUUAGGGGAAAAAUUUCGCCCCACUACACUAACGAAAUUUUUUUCACUCCCUACACUACCGAAAAAAUUCGCCCCCCUUGAAUAGAAAUCUUGGAUCCGUCCCUGCUCAUGGUGAUGCUUGCAAAGGGUUGUGGGCAGUUCGUAUUCUGACCCUUGGUAGAAUUUGUUACAUAUGAUUCAAAAGAACACUUAGUGAAUCAGUGACCCUGGAAAAUUAAUUCCUAGUUGUACCAGGUCUGCAAAAGACCGUAUCUCAUCUCCUAAAUAAACAAUGAGUGUGGUUUCCAGUAGUAAACUAGAUUAAAAUGCAGCUUUGGUUUUUUAUUUGUAUAGUUUUUGAAUAUGCUAACAUGAUAUUAGGGAAUGAUGAACAUUUCUUUUUUUGAUAUCUCACAGAAGGGGAGUCUCGUGAAUGUCUAAUAUGACGUGGCGUUGCCGUAAAAGUACUACCUCCAUAUGUAUGAUGGUCGCCGCCAGGGCUUAUCUUUGUCGUGAAGGAGCCUUCAAACUCCAAUGGAGAAAUAUGGUAUGCUCUGCCAUUGAUAACUCUUAUCAGAACUAUCCACCAAAAGGAGAAUAUCCCCGAGGAGGAUAUCCGAAUCAGCAAAAUAUUAACCAGAGUAUCCACCAUCAGUAUGGAGGUGGAGGAGGAUAUCAGAAUCAGCAAAGCCCCAACCGAAGUGUCCACCACCACUAUGGAGGUGGAGGAGGAUAUCAGAGGCAGCAAAAUCCAAACCAAAGUGUACACAAUCAAUAUGGAGGUGAAGAUGGAAACCAGAGCCAGCAAAAUCCAAACCAAAUUAUCCACCAUCAAUACAGAGGUGAGAAUGGGUGGAAUAAUCAAAUCAGGAAUGACAUGCCUCACCAGAAGGGUGAUGCCCCUGUUGUACCUCAGGAACAAUGGAGGGCCCGUGAAGCUCAGAAUGUCCAGCCGGCUCCUAGUGAUAAUACUACUUCUACUGCCAAUUUGUUGUCAUUGUGCAAAGGGGAGGGUGGUGCUAAGGUGAAGGAUGCAAUUGAAUUGAUGGAAAAGGGGGCAGUUGCAGAUACACAAUGCUUUUCGAGUCCUGUGGGAAGUCAAGGAAACUUGAGGUCAGUGCAUGACCACUUUUUUAGAUCAAAAUGCAGGGGUGAUCUCGUCUUGAACAACAAGGUCAUUGACAUGUACUCGAAGUGUUGGAGCAUGAUGGAUGCACGGAGGGUUUUCGAUCACAUGCCUGAGAGGAGCAUAGAAACAUGGCAUCAGAUGAUCAACGGUUACGCAAUGAAUGGGUUGGGCGAUGACGGGCUGUUGUUGUAUGAACAGAUGAGGACAAAUGGGAUCCGGCCCAAUGACCAAACUUUCCUUGCUGUUUUUGAGGCCUGUGCCAGGCUUUCAUACAUUUUGACACCAUGAAGGCUGAAUACGAAAUCUCACCCACGACUGAACACUAUUUGGGUCUGUUGGGCGUGUUUGCAAAAUGUGGACAUCUUGCUGAGGCUGAGGAAUUCAUCAAGGAACUCCUGUUUGAUCCUGCAGCUGAUGUUUGGGAAGCAUUGAUGAAUUAUGCUCGGAUACACGGAGACAUUGACCUUGAAGACCGUGCUGAACAGUUGUGGAAAGAUGUUGGGGGUAAUCCCCUUGAGGGGGGUAAGAUUGUCCCACCACCUCCAAAGAAGCAGUCGGUCAAUAUGCUUGAGGGUAAAAGCAGGGUGCUUGAGUUUCGUAGCCCCACACCAUACAAGGAUGAAGAGAAAAUGAGGGCAGCAAUGAAAGAGCAGGCAUAUGUUCCAGACACCAGGUAUGUUCUGCAUGAUAUUGAUCAAGAGGCAAAGGAGCAGGCGUUGCUUUAUCACAGUGAGCGCUUGGCGAUUGCCUACGGUCUGAUAAGCCAUAGAUGCCUUUGCGUAUCAUCAAGAAUUUGCGUGUCUGCGGGGAUUAUCAUAAUGCCAUCAAGAUCAUGUCAAGGAUUGUUGGGAGAGAGUUGAUUGUUAGGGACAACAAACGUUUCCAUCACUUCAAGGAUGGAAAAUGCUCCUGUGGUGACUAUUGGUAAGUUGUUAUUAUCGAAACAAGCAAGAGAAAUGAGUUGAUUUGGCCUUUUAACUAUUUCAAAGAAACAUCUUGAAGACAGAGAUCUCUUUGCAAGGGUGACAUUCUUUCUUGUGUUUAAAGGCUGCAGCAUAUGAUACCAAUGACCAUGUCAAGUGAUUGUUCAGGGUGAGAUAUUGUUAACAUUAUUUUAGAGUACAUGGGGGUGCAUGUGUCUUAUAUAUUGCACAGUAUUCUCUUUAGUUUUCUUGCUGUCGACCUUUAGUUAGUAACAAUUUUCACCUGAUGGUUGUUUAAAAAAGCCCAAUCCCCCUUUUCAUUGAAAUGCUUUUGGUUCUGGG